GGCGGCCGCAGUUCAUAUCGAGCCCUGUAAACUGGCAACACAAAUCUGUGACCGGACAUGUCCCGGCAAACUUUAUCGCGGCUUAAGGCUCCGCAACUCGCGGCCGGCUUUCCGAUCAAUCUCGAGACUCUGGGGCUGGCGGCACAUGGUCCCCCGGCACAACAACCACCAGGCCAGGCCAGCGGGACGACCACGCCGCAUGCAGCGCAGGGCUUCAGUCUCUCGGAGACGGCGGCGAAAUUUGCAAGAAGGGAAAAUAUUGGGCACCCGUUUGCGCUGCGUAUCCUGCCGGGUCAAAAGUCCAAAGAGUUUCCCAUCCGCAUCUCGAUCUGCCCGCGACACACCUUUUCCUUCUACCACCUCAAGUACCUCGGCCCGUUCGACCACCCUCUCAUCGACAAGAUGAUCCACUUCUACACGCAGGAAAAGCGGACCAAGCCGCUGUGGUGCUAUGUUCACGGCUUCUCCGCAACGGACGGGAGCAACUCGGUCGUGCGGCAGUCGAGCGAGAGGGCGGUGAGGGCGGCGCUGUUCAAGGCCCUGAACGCGGCCGGUUACGACUCGCAUGGCAGGAGUCUGGACGGCUCCAAACAAAACCUCCACGGGACCAUUCGGGUGACCGUCCUUGAGCCGAAAGCGAUCAUGAGGAAGCUCGACUUCGAGAAGCUUGUCGGCUACCUGUCCGGGUUCGUCUCCGACAUUGUUCCGCGUCUCAGCAGUUCGUCUCCGAAACCGUCACAUGGUCGCGGCGAACGACGUCAACGCACGAAUAGUGUUGACUCGGUCAACAAAGACCGGCAAUGAUGGUUUCUGGGCAGUUGCCCUCCUGUAAGACAAACGCCUUCCUCUCAAAAUCCGUCCACCAUGGUAGUGCC